GAUAGAACCACGAUCAUCAUCGAUGGCAGGCCAGCCAAAGACAACCGUAAGGCGUCUAUCUCAAGUCUUUGUCGAAAUUCCCUCUUCAGCAUUGCACAAACCCAACAACAAUAGUACACCAACUACCAGUAACCCCGCGCACAUGUCAAGCCGCAAAGAAAACGCGUUGCGCGCAUCCGUCUCUCAAAACACCGUCAUGAACAAGUCUUCCAAACGCAAAGCAGCCGAAACGCACGAGCAACCGGCUAAGAAAACAAAGAUUCAAAUAAAGCCGGGUGAUACGCGCCGUCCCCUUGCAAACGCCACUCCGGACUUUCCGAAUGGCUUUGUUUAUUGUCAUCAAUGCAACAAGAAACGCGACGCACUUCUCACCGUCCAAUGCACACGUGAAGACGCGAAAUCUAACCGACGGUGCAUCGCCAAGUACUGCGGCCCCUGUCUCAAGAACCGCUAUGGGCUCGCGCUUCAGGAUGUCUUGUCUACCAGUACCGCCCCGGCAGGCGAGAAGAAACGGCAUGUAUCGGGCGAGGGGUACUUUUUCAAGUGUCCCCGAUGUGAGGAGACGUGCAAUUGCGUUACCUGCAGGAAGGCAAAGGGCCUUGAGCCCACGGGGAACCUUACUGUCACAGCGCGCAAAUCGGGGCUUCAGUCAGCCGCAGAUGUCCUACUGCAAGAUCCAACUGCGGCUGGCCCGAUGGCAGGUAAACCUGUAUCUGAGAAGAAGUCGAGAACAUCCAAGUCCGCGCUCCAGCGUACUACAAGUACCACCAGUAAAUCCAAGUCCGGAUUCAUUAAGAAUCAUGCGCAUAUAUCCACUCCUGCACCACCUCCAGCCCCGAAACCGCUUCCCAAGGCUCUCUGGACACCCGUCCGUACACAUCUCUCCCUGCACGGAGCGGAAGCCCGCAUCUACAUCCGUGAAUUUGCACUUCGAUUCCUCCCCCUGUCGCGUGCACACCAUGAUGAACUCGAGUUUCUCUCCCGCUCUCACCGGGGUUUUGACGACGACGACGACGACGACGGAGAUUUAGAACCCUGGGUUUCAGAAGGAUGCCUGAAAGCACUGCUGAUUGCAUUGUUAGGCAUGAUAGAAGUAGAACCCAAGAUUCUCUCCACAACAGCCAACGCGCUCCAUCAGCAGGCGUUCCUCUUCAGGAUCGUCAAUACCUUGAGCACCCUGAGCACCCUCCCUUCCCUUGCUCUCCCAUGUCCUACACCCGCUCCAGAGCACCUCCUUGAGUCCGUGCCGAUCAUCAGAACCCGUUCCGCCCGCAAUCCGUCUCACCCGCAGAAGGCCAAUGAAAAGAGCAAGGAAACAGACUGGCCCGAAGUAGUCCGCACCUCACAGCUUAUACCCGUCGUCGGUGCCCUUGUAGACCAUGCAAUACAAGGACAGGCAGUGAGGGAUACAUUGGAGGAGGGCGUAAAGGAAGGAAAAGAAUUGACCAGGGAAAGCGCAGAAAUGAAGAGAGCUUUGGAUCGGGCUGAGAAGGAGAGAAAGGAGAGGGAGAAAGCGGAGAAGGAGCAACUGGAUAGGGAGAAAAAAGCGCAGGGGAAAGACAAGAAGGCGAAAGGGAAAGGCGGCGUCACUGCCAAGGAGAAGGAGAAGGCACCGCAGGAUGCGAAGGGCAUAGAGAACGGACCGACGCAUACGCUGACGCCCCAAACUGCCCUGACCCUUGCCUUAUCCUCCUAUACCCAACGCGUCGCACCACUAGGUCGGGACUCAGAAGGCAGAGUAUACUGGGCUCUGACUCCAGGGCGAGGAGAGAGAGAUGCUUCACGCGAAUACCUUGCCUCCAAUGGUGAAGUCGGGGAACGAGACCAAGGGUCCAAGAUUAAGAGCCACAAAGCCAAGUCGAAAUUACCGUGGACUCCGCCCUCCCUUUCAGAACGCGCGUCACACAAACGAUGGAGCUGGUUCGUAGCUGUGUGGGGUGUGCGGCCGGGUCUUGAAGAGAGACUAGAUCCUCCAAAGGAUGAAGACUACUCAGAAGAUGAUUCCGAGUCCGAGCCCGAACUUGAUUCUGAAGCGGAUGACGAAGAAAAGAGCAAGAAACCAAGGAAGACGAAGAAUAAGUCAGAGAGUUCCAGAUGGUACGCCUUCUCAGACCCCACAGAAAUCUUCAAGCUUGCGGAGUGGGUAGAGCGGAAGGCUGGACUUGAGUCGCGUUCGGGGAAGUCAAAUCCGCGAGUUAUAUCAGCCUUGCCUUCUCGCGCGGCGUCCGCAUCGACGUCCCAUGCAGUUUCGGCCUCAAACGCCAACACGUCAGCGUCCACCUCCCGUGCAGCCUCAUCCUUCGACUCGUCCGCGGAUAAACUCAGUAAAGCCUCGAAAUUUGCCGACUCGCUCUUAGCAAAUGUUAAAAUGAUCCCCUCAUCUGAGACCGACGAGACCGAAUCUGACGCCAGCGAGGACGAGUCCAGUGAUGAAGACCAGAGCGAGGAUGAUGAUAUGGAUGUGGAUUCGCCCGUAGACUUUGAUGACACACCCCGCACACCCCAGCUCCGAUCACUCGUCCGUGAACUCCGAGCGUACGCGGAGCUGUUGAAGAAACGAGCUUAGGUUGAGACAUAUGCGCAGGCCGGGGAUUUUUUUCCCCCUUGGACUUCGCGUGCGUUCUCCCACCUCCGCAUCCAUUGACUUUACACAUCCUGUAUUGCUUCAGCUCCAACAGUAACAUGCUCCGUUUAUUUCCGUUCCAUAAUUGAUCGGCAUCCUACUUUGACUCUCUGACAAUUAAUCGACUCUCGACUGCCUUGCUCAACCAUUGGUCCUAUACAUCAUAUCUUACGAGGUUCCGCAUCUUCAUAUUCGACGCCGCCCUUUUUCCACCUCCGCCGUCUUUUACUUAUCAACCGACUUUGCAUCGCUUU